AUGCGUGUUUCCGUUCCAACUAUCCCAAAGACAAUUCCAACGCCAGGGUCAGCGUCCUCGAAUAUCACAAGGGCAGCUGCAAUUGAGCGCAUCGCGACAUUUCUAGCGCCAGGAAACGUCACUAUACUGAGUGGAGCAGGUGUAAGUGUCGACUCGGGGAUACGUGCGUACAGAGGGAAGGAUGGAAGAUACAUGAAUCCGAACUAUAAGCCUAUAUUUUACCACGAACUUGUUGACGAAUCAGAAAAGGGAUUCGCUUUCAGACAACGAUAUUGGCAUGUGCAUUUCUUGGUCUUGAUUUCGCUGAGGUCUUACCUUGGAUAUCCUCCGGUUCGAGAUGCUCUCCCAAAUACGACCCACUAUGCUAUUGCUGCUCUUCAAUACACGUCACAUGUAUCCCGGCUCGUCACGCAAAACGUAGAUGGAUUAGAUAGCAAAGCCAUGUCAUCUAUUUGGCCCGCAAGCAAAAUCUCGACCCGAAUAUUAGAAUUACACGGGACGUUACACAGAGUCAGUUGUAAGCAUGACCAUGUUGUAGAUCGUAACUUGUUUCAAGAAUGGCUAGCGGGUGCAAACCCUCGCUGGGCUCAGUUUAUGGAAAACUUAGAACGAACUGGGCAGAAACUCAGGACAAAUCCGGAUGGAGACGUAAACAAUCAGGUUGAGAUUGAAGGAGCGUCAUACGAAGAUUUCGUUGUUCCCGACUGCCCUUCUUGUUUCGAGGAAGGCAGAAGAAUUAAUAUGCACAAGCCUCAUCUAAUAUUCUUCGGCGAAUCAAUACCUGCUGCAGUGAAGGACAAAUCAUUUGAGGCUAUAGAGUUAGCGGAUCGCUUAUUUAUCGUCGGAACUACACUUGCGACAUACUCUGCUUUUAGACUACUAAAGCGCGCGAUUGAGCUGGGAAAGCCGGUGCUGAUGCUCAACGUUGGUCCGACGCGUGCAGACACUCUCACUCCCCCUAUUGAGAAAAUCGAGCUUCCAACAGGGGUCAUUUUACGAGAUGUGGUUCGAAUGCUAGCAGGAUCAAGAGCAACUGAAGAUCCUGUCCUUGUAGAACUAUUGUCAAGUGGAAUUGUAAAGCCACCUCCAAGGGAUGAUGAUGACAGGGCACCUAGAGCUUCCGGGUGA